ACAAAGACAUCAUCAGAUACAAAAAUGUCAUCAAACAAGCUGCAAGUGCCACCUCAGGCGCCUCCGAGAUUCAGUGACACACAAUCAUCGAUUCUCAGCAAGGCUAUGGAUCUGAUAGAGCGCUCCCGAAAGGCGAAAGAUGAGCUUGUGGCACAUGUGCCGCUAGAGGAUGCAACCUUUGCAAAUGUUCUGCUACCACUCGCGAACGAUGAGAAUUUAUUGGCUAUUGAAUUCGAAAUUCUCAAGUUCUAUCAAUCUGUAUCGACCGACCCGGAGCUUCGUGAUGCAUCAAGGGAGGCUGAGAAACUUUUUAACGAAUUUGUUCUUGAGACCGAGACUCGGGAAGACCUAUACAACCUAGUCAAGUGGGUUUUCGACAAAAGCAACAUUGAAGAACUGGAUCCUGAAUCACGUCGAUUGUUAGAGAAAAAAUACAAAGAUUAUGAACGAAAUGGAUUGGGACUCCCCGAAUCUCAGCGGUUGCGCUUCAAAGAAAUCAAGAAACAUCUCAAUCAGCUUAGAAUUGACUACCAAAAAAAUCUCAACAGCCAACAUGGAGGUAUUUGGCUUACCCUGCAGGAAUUGGAUGGAGUAUCUGCGGACUUUAUAUCCAGCUUGCAGAAGAGAAAAACCGAUGACAAUCAUCUGGGUAAGGUUUGGCUAAGUUUCAAGUCAUCAGAUAUCUUCAUGGCACUACGAUAUGCAAAGAACGAAGAAACCCGAAAGAAAAUCUUCAUUGCCGAUGAAAAUAAAUGCUCACAGAAUGCGGACAUCCUCAAGGAGGCUGCGGUGCUUCGCGAUGAAGCUGCUCGGCUACUUGGAUAUUCACAUCAUGCAUCGUUCAGAAUAGAAGAGAAGAUGGCCAAAAACUCCGAGACGGUGGAAAUUUUCUUAGACGACUUGUGGUCCAAGUUAACGACCAGUGGUCAAGAAGAGCUUGCGGAUCAAAAGCAGUUCAAAAAGGCAGAUCUUGAGUCUCGUGGAGAACCCUUUAAUGGCUUUUAUCUCUGGGACCAUGCAUUCUACAGUUGUUUAAUGAGGCAAAACGAGUUGUCAAUCGACCAUAAGAAGAUUGCAGAGUAUUUCCCUUUGCAAACCAGUGUCCAAGGUAUGCUAGGGAUUUUUCAGAGGUUGUUUGGUCUCAUUUUUAAAGGAAUGGUCGUGGAGAAAGGCAGUGACAUUGUUUGGCAUGAUGAUGUACUGGUUUUCAGUGUUUGGGAUGACGAAGACCUAGGCAGUGGAUUCGUUGGCUACCUCUACAUGGACCUGUUCUCACGAGACGGUAAAUAUCCAAAUCCAUCGGAUUGGAAUCUGCAACCAGGCUCUAUUCGAGAAGAUAACACACGCCACUAUCCGUCCACAGCUUUGUUAUGCCAGUUCCCCAAGCCUAGUCCUGAUAUCAUGGAUUUGGAUAUCUCAUCAAAGUACAAUAGCCUGCGAAAGGCAAUCAGACUGACUGACGGUCCUGAGACACUAGGUCAGGGUGAUGGAUGGGGUCAUGGCGAGGCAAAUAUCCCACACUGGAUGGGCACGUAUGAUUCGGGCUUUUACAGCUAUUUAUGGUCGGAAGUAUAUGCCCUUGAUAUGUUUGACACGGUAUUCCGGUCUGACCCUCUCAACGCCAAAGAAGGCCGAAAAUAUCGAAAACUUGUUCUUGAGAAGGGUGACAGCCAGGAUUGUAUGAAGACUCUGACUGAUUUCCUAGGUCGUGAACCAAGCAGAGAGGCAUUCUUCAAGGAACUCGGUUUGGCUUGA